UCUCCUUGAAGAACUUUUUCUUUCUUUUUAGCUUUUUUAGUAUUUUUAUAGCCUUUUUCCCAUUUGAGUCCCUUUUAAUUCUCAUUCUCUCGUCUCCCACUUCAUCAAUCUGCACCUUCAAAUCUCUCUUUAUCUCUCUCUCCCUCCAUUGAAGAAGCCAUAGCUGUUAAUAUCUCUUCAAAGCUCUUAUUCUUUGAGGGUUUUUGAAGAACAAGAAGAGAAAAGAGAGAUAGUGACCAAUUUAGAGAAUAACCCAUCAUAGAGAAUCAAAAGGCAUACCCAUGUUUUCAUGUUUUGUUCUUGCUUGUGGCUAAUUCAGCUCGAUUCCAAACCCCAAACCCCAAACAAACAAAAAAAAAUCUCAUUUUUUUGGGUAUUUUUUUUGUUGUUUUCAUCCAUAUUGGAGUUUUCCCCAAACCCAUAAUAAUAAUAAAAAAAAAAAAGGCUUCUAAUAUGUUUUCUCCAACAAUUAUGUCCAAUUCAACUUCUUUGUCUGAUCAAGCCACCAUCUUUUCCAAUAUUCACCACCCUCCACAAAAGCUCAAGAAGAAACGAAGCCUCCCCGGUAACCCAGACCCAGAUGCAGAAGUGAUAGCACUUUCACCAACAACACUUCUUGCAACAAAUAGAUUUGUGUGUGAAAUUUGCAAUAAGGGUUUCCAAAGGGAUCAAAACUUGCAGCUACACAGAAGAGGCCACAAACUUCCAUGGAAAUUGAAGCAAAGAAGCAGCAAAGAAGUGAAGAAGAAGGCGUAUGUGUGCCCAGAGGAAGCUUGUGUUCAUCAUAAUCCUUCAAGAGCAUUAGGAGAUCUCACAGGAAUCAAAAAACAUUACUCCAGAAAACAUGGAGAAAAGAAAUGGAAAUGCCUUAAAUGCUCCAAACUCUACGCUGUUCAAUCUGAUUGGAAAGCUCACUCCAAAACUUGUGGAACUAGAGAGUAUAGAUGUGACUGUGGAACCCUCUUCUCCAGGAAAGAUAGGUUCGUAACCCAUAGAGCUUUUUGUGAUGCAUUGGCUGAAGAGAGUGCACGGCUCUCGGCUAACCAAUUGGCCAUAGCUUCGGCCGCCUCGGGUGCCAUGGGUGUUGACGUAAACCUGUCUUCGACCACUGUUGCUCAAUCUCUCUUCCCUUUUGGCAACCAUUAUCAGUUCUCGAAUUCGCUGAUACCGUCGUCUCCAUCGUCACUGUCGUUGUCGUCGUCGCAAACCCUUGUGUCCCUAAACCCUUGGAACCAUCCCCUAAACCCUAAUCAUACCCUUCAAAUGAUCAAGCCUGAAGACUCAAAUUCUCACCAUUUUCACCAAAUUCCAAAUUUGCCCCUCUCCGAUGACUCCUCCAAUAAUAACAAUUACCACCCUUUUGGUCUAAUUCAAGAUCACCACCACAAGGCGAGCUCAUCCUCCUCCUCCUCCUCUUCCAUGAUAACCUCACCCUUUAGGAACCUCCACGUGUCGGUGCAACCGGCCUCAAAUGCUGCCACGUCAGCUCACCUAUCAGCCACAGCCCUACUACAAAAGGCCGCAACAGUUGGCGUUGGCGUUGGCGCUGCAAAAUCAGGUCAGCAUCAGCCCGAGUCAGCGGGUCAUAUAACUCACUUCAACAUCCCCGAGUUCCGCCCAUCAAAUCAUAUUAGCUCGCUGAGUCAACUCGGUCCAGACUACGCCACGUGGCAGAAGAGUGACCGGUUGACCAGGGACUUUCUCGGUCUUACCGGACAUGGGAACGGCACCGGAAGUGGUUCCGGCAGUGGUGGAUCUGUGCAUUUUAGCAUGAUCGUUAAAGAUAUGCUAAUGUACGCAGAUGGUAAGCCUCACAAUAAUAAUAAUAAUAGUAGUAAUGGUUUUGGAUAUGGGGAGGCAGCUGCCAACGGAACUUGGGAAGACUGUUGAGUGAAACGGUGACGUUUCACAGGAGAAAAAAAAUUAAAUGUUUUUAUUUCCAAUUUAUCUCUUUUUUUUUAAUUUUGGAGGUUAUUAAAUUUCAAUGAAUGCUUUUUCUUUAAUCUAGACUCUUACUUUGAUCAUCAAGUCUUUU